AUGGUUAAACUCGAACCAUACGCCGGCGACUAUUAUCUGUGGGAGUAUGUCCCCUCCAUCGCCGCCUCCGUCGUCUUCCUAGUCCUCUUUCUUCUUCCCACCCUCUUCCAUGUGUGGAAAGCCUGGCGGACCCGCACCCGGUUCUGUAUUCCCUUCUGUAUAGGUGGCUUAUGCUACGCCUCACGCGCGUCUUGCACAGACCGCACCGGCGACCUCCUCCCCUACAGCAUCCAAAGCGUCUUUAUCCUGCUGGGCCCCGUUCUCUUUGCUGCCUCAGUUUACAUGGUUCUCGCGCGACUUAUCCGCAGUGUCAACGCCGAAAAAUACUCCCUCAUCCGCAUAAGCUGGGUCACAAAAACUUUUGUCACGGGCGAUAUCAUCUCCUUCCUCGUACAGGGCAGCGGUGCCGGCCUGAUGGCCAUGAACGGGAUGGCAGAUACAGCGAAGGGAAUUGUAAUCGGUGGGCUAAUGGUCCAGAUUAUCGUGUUCGGGCUCUUUAUCAUCACGUCGGUGGUCUUUGGCCGCAGGAUGCGACAGAGCCCGACACUUGAGGGAGACCAAGGGGAGUGGAAGAAGCAUUUGCAAGCGCUUUAUACCGUGAGUGCGCUAAUUAUGGUUCGCUCGGUGUUUCGGGUCAUUGAGUAUGCAAUGGGAAAUAAGGGAUACCUAUUGGCGAAUGAAUGGCCCAUGUUUGUCUUUGAUGCCGUGCCGAUGGUUGCAGUCAUGGUCGUCUGGGGGGUUUGGUAUCCUGGGACUAUCAUGGGACAGAGGGAUAUGGCGGAGCAGUUGGUUAGCAUGGGGAGUUACAAUAGCAAGCCAUAA